AUGGACGAUUUAGAUGCUUGCAGAUCAUUUCCCUGGGGUCGUCUAACGUUUGAGGAUGCAAUAAAGGAGAUUAAGCACGUGAUGAACCAUCUGAAGGGCGAAGUUCUGGCUUUUGAGUGUAUUCCGGAUUUGGGGAAAACGUUUAGAAUCUAUUCAGACGACGCUAGUGAAGACUGUCCAAGGAUAUGCAAGAGCCGGUUUACAAAGUCCAGUCUUAGGGGUUAUCCUUUGGAAGACAUAUAUGCUGCGGUUGGAGACACAAAGGUUAUCAACAGUGUGUUAGUUCCAACUAUUGAUGAGAAAAUUAUGCUGGCUCGUAUCAUUGAUGAGGAGCGAGAGUAUGACCGUCAGGGCAGCCUAAGUGAUACUUGGAACUACCGGUUAAAUGUGAAGCAGAAGAAUAUUUGGUGGAAAGAGUUAUAUGAGUUAGAUCAAGCUGCACGGGGAGUGUUGCCAAAAAAGAAAGACAAAGAAAAUGUGACGUUUGCAGAAGGAUCAUCCUCUAAUUCUGGUUUAGAUUCGAGGUUGCAAGGUCUGGAAGAGAGGACUUUGGAGUUCAUGGGAGAAGGAUUUGUUGGACUUCACAAGACAGACUCUACUGAGAGUAAGAAGGAGCCGAGUCAUGAUGAAGACAUAGAUUUUCGACAGUGGGACUACGGUACAUAUGAAGAGAAUGACAAAGCUAAUGCUGAGCAAGAGGCUGAGAAAGAUAAGGAUAACAUCGAGAAUACUGAGCAAGAGGCUGACAGAAAAAAUGAAAACAGUGAUGAAGAAGAAGGUGAAGAGAAAGAGGCUGAUGACAAUGCUCAGCAAGAGGGUGAGAAAGAGAAGGAAAAUAUCGAGGCUGAUGAGCAAGACAAGGAAGACAGUGAGAGUGAGAGUGAGAGUGAGACUGAUAAUCAAGCAGAGGUUGAAGGGAAAGAUGAUCAAGAAGAAGAAGUUGAAGGGAAGGAGUCUGAAACGAGGGAGCAAGAAAAGGAGAAAAGUGAGACUAAUGAGACAGAGGGAACUCCCAAAGAUGAUCACAAUGAGCUUCGGUUUGAGACGAACAGAACCGAUGAAACUCCAACACCACCACGUGGGAAUCAGACGGAGGGAACUCCCACACCACCACGUGGUAGGACUAAGGAAAUGGCUGCGAGGAGACUAGUGACAAAGCCUAUGGAGGAAGAAAUUGUAAAAGAGAAAAAAAACAGGGAGAAAGUUGCGGAAGAAGAGAAAAAAGAGGAAGAGGUUGUGAAAGUUGUUGAAGAACAGACUGGGGAAAUUGUCAAGGAACAGGCUGGGGAAAUUGUUGAGGAAUAUACUGGGGAAGAAAAGCAAAGGUGGAUCGUGGUCGGUUACAAGGAAGCACCGAGUUCUUGGAUCAUGUAUAAGUGCAAGGAGAAUGCCGCUGUUGCUGUACCUUAG